AUGAAGGGGAACUAUGAUUCCUUUAGUAAAGAAAAUUCCGACGAUGAAAAAUGGAAGCAUAAAACUCACAGUGAAAAGAAAAAAAUGAUGAUUAAAUAUAUGAGCACAAUCGAGGCAGGCAUGAAGGAGGAAGAAAUUAAUUCAUUGCAUGAAGUAAAAUCAGAUGAGGACAUUUCUGAUGGGGGUAGGGAUGAAGUACAAGACGGAAGUUAUGUAGACAGUGAAGACCACAUCAUUUUAACGGAUGAAGAUGUGGCGAUUUCCGGCGACACAGGAGACGAUCCCUCCAACAAUGAAUCCCCAUGCGAUAAGGAUGACGAUUAUUCGAUGGACGAUAUUGGCGCAGGAAGUGCAGGCAGUAAUCACCUUAGUUCACAGCCCGAUUCGCUGAACUGUGUAGAACCGCGGGAGGAGGAAGAAGAAAAAGAAGAAGGGGAACAGCAAAAUGCACUACCUCAUGGCGGUAAUGAUAAGGAUACUGACCACUCAAGUGGAGAUGACGGGGAUGUGCUUCAAACGGAAGGGGUCGGGUACGAAGCGGGGCGAAGUGCUGAUGGUAGCGAAGACAGCCCACACAAGUCAGAUGAAGAGGGUGACGAAGCCCCCGUCGAAACAAAAGACAAUGUUACUAACAUAGAACAAAUGCACGUUAACGAAAAGAAAAAUACCCUCUUCGAUAUCGAAAUUAAGGAUGUAAACGAUUGGAAGUCUAAAUACAGACACCUGACAUCAUCCUUCCGUAAAUUGGAGAAGGAAAUGAAUAGAACGAUCAACAGUGAACACAUCGACCAAAUAACGAGGCGAAGCAUUAAGCAGCACAAGGACUUCCUAGACAACGAGUAUAAAGAGUGGCUGUCCGUUUUGCUAAAGACCGUUUCGGAAUUCAAAAAAAAUAUUGGGGCUCACGUUUCCGAGCUGAACGAAAAGGAGUACCUAAUUUUGUCCAAAAAUAUCUUCGAAGAUUUCCGGGAGAAAUACUUGGAAGAGAGCCACCUUAACAUCGUCCUCUAUUUGGCUGUGGCAAAGUACGAUAUACCAGUUGACGAGGGCGUUGGGAAGUACCUCCAGGGGUGUUACGAAUCGGUGAACACGGACAAGACGCUGCACAACAACAUACAAAAGCUGCUGGAAGUGAAUGAGCACAUUAGAAACAUAGGCGGAAAAACGGGAACCUGGGAUGAAGACGAACACAACUAUUUUAUGAAGGUGUACGAGAACAACGCAAAUUUGGGAGAUGAGGUUGUUUUGGGAAUGCUGAAAAGCUGCAUGAACAAAUCGGAGGAAGAAAUUGUUGAACACAUGUCUUGGUACAAGCAAUUCAUCUCGUAUAACAACUUAAAGAACAGGUGCCUGAACAGCAUCAGCAUUGUUAAUGUGAAUGAGCAGCGAAAAAACGACUCCAAAGUUGAGGAAAAAAAGUACAUGAUACAAAAAUGGAGGGAGAAGAAACGUGAGUUCAAAAGGAAGGGUACCGCGAGAAGAUUACGCGGAAGGCUACUACGCGGUUGCUACAUGGUUGCUACGCAGCUGAUGGAUUUGAUUGCACAAUCACGCGUGACGGCCUACCUCACCCUGAUCCCCAUCCGUUGCACCGCAGAGCAAGAGUCGGCGAUCAAGAUGAAGGAACUGCAAGAGAUGAAAAAGGAGGAAAUGAAGAUAAACAAAAUAAUUCGGGAAAACAUCAAAAAGAAAAAGCAAAUGAUACAGGAACAGCUGAACAGCAAGAAGGAGGAAAUAAAGAAAAGCAAAAUGGAAAAGCAGCAGAAGAGCGUCCUGUCUGAGGAAUCGUUGCAGAGGAUUAAUGAGCGGAAUGAACGAAUUUUACAAAAGAAGGUGCAGUCAAAUUUGAACCUUAACGAGGACAACAACGAGCGGGAAAAGAAAACAACCAAGCAGAAAUAUAUGCACAUCCAGAGCAAGCUACUGAGCAACACA